GCUUUUGAAAUGCCUUGAUGUUUAUUCCACAUUUACAGUAAAGAAUAGGGCCAAAAUCGUAUCAGAUUGACAAAAAAUGUAAUGUUCAGUUAAUUAUGAUAUUUAAGUAUGCAUCUAUAACCAAAAACAUAUACAAGUAAUUUCCAUUUCCCUUAAACUUUUUAUGUCAUAAUUACACACAAAAUUGACAUUUCUAUACAUUCCCAUUAACCGUUUAGGCCCUUUGUAGCUGUCUAUGGAUGAAAUGCUCCUUUCUACCAACAAUUCAGUACGAACGUUUCUAAUUAUGUAUGUUUGAUCUCAAAAGCUACAGUAAAGACAGAGAGUAUUAUUAACUAUAUGACCGAAGCAGGUCAUCCAUUUCCAACACAGCAGAAGUUAUUGGAAAUUUAACCCUUUCAGACCUGGUGGUCACAAUUUUGUACAUGAAGUUUGUUCACUAAUAUUUCGCUGACAAAUGUCAGGUGCAUCAAAACUCACUGUACACCUUUGUGUAGGUUUAUUUUAGCCAUGCUCCAGCAGUUGCUGCUCUCUUGUGAGCAGUCAGUGAACUACAUGUUAAAAUAUACUCUCUGGUGUUGUCUCUCGGUGGGAAGCCAUUACUCGUUGACUUUAUUGCUGUAAUAGUCACAUUGUCGGUUUUGUUAAUGAAUUUUUUGUGUGGUUUCCUUAUUUUGGAAACAUUAGACUUUCUUUCAGUGGAAUUUUCAGCAAUUUCAUUCAGUUCAUAUUUGUGUUAUGUAUCAGGCAAAUUUAAUGUACACAUUUGUGUACAACAGGUCCUUAAUGGUGUAAAAUAGGUAACGUAACCUAAAAUUUGGCUAGAUGUAUUUGCCUGGCGAUGGUAGUUACGUGUGGUAUUUUUUUCAGAAAUUUCAGUACCAGCAGCAAGGAGGAGAAUAACUGACCAGUACACAUGAUUUUAUUUUAUAUUUCUGGCUUUUGACUUACAGACAUGGAUAAGGAAUGUCUUUCUGUGGAGGAAGAUUGGGACUUAAUUAUGGACAUAAUUGAAAAUGGUGACGUUUCUGACAGUUUGGGUGGAGAUGAGGAUGGCAGUGUAGCACUUAUUGAAAGGCAAACUCCACAAAUAGUGAAACGUGUUAGAGCAAAUAAAGUUGGCGUGAAUGAUGUGUGUAGAAACACCAUAUCUGAAGAUGAAGAUGACGUAGAUGUGGUAGAUGCUGAAAUGAACUUUCUAUGCAAUGAAAACAAUCCAGAAUUGAAUAACCUGUGUGACAACAUAAUGAUGACACCUGAAGAAUCCAUAAAACGGAAACGCAAGCCUCUAAGUACCAUGGCAGAAACAUACAAAGCUCCAAAUUUUGAAGUAUCUAUCUUGUGUUCCCCAAUACAAUACUUCAUAAGAUAUAGACUGGAUGAUUUGUUCACUAGCAUGACAGCACAUACUAAUAUUUAUGCAUUACAACAAGGCAAAUCCUCAUUCAAGCACACAACAACUCAAGAACUAGAGGUGCUGAUUGGCGGUUUGAAAUUUCCCAGAUUACGAAUGUAUUGGGAUACAAGCCUGAAGGUAAAUGUGUUUUGGGAAAACAUGUCUAGAGACACAUUUUUAGAAUUCCGAACAAAUUUAAAAUUGGUGAAAAAUCUGGAGAAACCACCUGAAAAGGAAGAUAAAUUUUACAAAGUCAGGCCAGUUUACACAGCCAUUCGAAAGUGCUGCAGUGAACUUCCUAUAGAAGUGAAUUUUUUUGUGGACGAAGGAAUUAUUCCUUUCACUGGGAAGUUUUCUGCAAAGCAGUAUGUCAAGGGGAAACCAAGUCCAUGGGGAAUCAAAGUCUCCAUGUUGUGUGUAAAGAGUGGAAUAGUGCACGAUUUCCUUUUGUGUCAAGGUGCUACAACUGAACUAAAUACCACAUGCUGA